AUGCCGUCCAAGAUGGCGCUCUCCAAGAGCACCCGUAUCAAAAUCAUGAUCGGUAUUGAUACGGCCUUUUUCCUCCUCGAGCUCAUCACCGGUUUCGUCGCCCAUUCGCUCGCCCUGACUGCCGAUGCUUUUCACAUGCUCAACGACAUCAUCUCUCUCAUUAUCGGUCUCUGGGCUGUCGUCGCCUCGCAAAAGGAAACCACCGACGAAUUCACCUUUGGCUGGGUUCGCGCCGAGAUCCUCGGUGCCUUCUUCAACGCCGUCUUCCUCAUCGCUCUCUGCGUCUCCAUCAUCCUCGAAGCCCUCACACGACUCGUCGAACCCCCCGAGAUCAACCAGCCCAAGCUCAUCCUCAUUGUCGGUAUCGCCGGUCUUGUUUCCAACCUCCUCGGCUUUGUAGUCCUCGGCGGCCACGGCCACGACCAUGGCGACGAAGAAAGUGGCCACGACCACGGCCAUGACCACGGCCACUCGCACAGCCAUGACACUGACGAGGAGCGUCGCAACAUCGCCGACGAAUCUGGCCCUGUCCAAGAUGUCUACCCCGAUGUUGUCGUUGGCAAGGUCGCCGCCGGCGCCCAGGCCCGCACCUCGUCUGAUAGCCAAAACCGCGGUCGCCGCCUCUCUGGCAAGAGCCAACAGCACUCGCGCUUCACCAGCAUCGACGACAUGAGCAUCCAUCCCUCCAGCUUCCGACAGGACAUUAUUGCCGCCGGCCUCCACCCAUCUCCUGUUCCCCAGGAGAGCGAAUCCUCCGACGAGCGUACCGCCGAUGAGGCCGAGCCCACCGAGAACUCACCCCUCCUUAAGGGCUCCAAGAGCAACAACGGCGCCACUGCCAUCAAGCCUCACAGCAACAAAUCCAAGCACCGAAGUCGCCGAAACUCGAGCGUCCACGCUGGCCACAACCACACAUUCCCCCAGAAGGCUGGCAAGACCACUGGCCACAACCAUGCUGACAUGGGUAUGAACGCCAUGAUGCUCCACGUCCUCGGCGAUGCCCUCGGCAAUGUCGGCGUCAUCGUCACUGCUCUGGUCAUCUGGCUCACCGAUUGGCCUGGCAAGCUCUAUGCUGAUCCCGCCGUCUCGCUUUUCAUCACCAUGAUUAUUCUCAAGACGUCUAUCCCGCUUACCCUUGCCACUUCGCGCAUUCUGCUCCAGGCCACCCCCGAGAACAUUAGUAUCCAGGAUAUCCGACAGGACAUCGAGAGGCUGCCCGGCGUCGUCAGCUGCCACCACAUUCACGUCUGGCAGCUCUCCGACACCAAGAUUGUCGCCAGCAUGCACCUCCAGGUUGAGUUCCCCAUCAACACACACAGCGGCGAAAAGUACAUGCAGCUCGCCAAGCGUGCCCGCAACUGCCUUCACGAGUUCGGUAUCCACAGCGCCACCAUCCAGCCCGAGUUCUGCCUCGAUCAAGACCACGAGCACCUGCGAGACGCGGCCGCGCUGACCCUCGACGGCCAAACCGACCCGACCGCCCCAUGCCUGCUCGAGUGCAUCGAAGACUGCCAGGGCCAGAGCUGUUGUACGGGCGAAGGCUCCUCCAAGUCUCCCUCUGUGCGACGUGCCAGUGACUCCUCGCACACUGCCCCUUAA